ACUGCGUGACGUCACGCGGGAUCAACCUGUGACGUCACGUAAUUAUAGUAAAUACAAAGUAGACGAUGUGAGUGGCGUGCGUGGGAGAUACUGUGCAAAUAAUUCGCGUUUUACAAUGACUAAUCACAAGAUACAGUUCGUGGGGUCGCCGUGUGGCCACCACGGCAAUUACACAUUCUACAAAGCGUUCAAAUAUACGCUACACGGGAAACAAAAAAUUUUGUCAUUGGGUGAAUUUUUCUUCGUCAAGAUUUGGGAGGAAGAAGACAUUAUUUCUGUGGGAGAAGCACAGUUACUGUGGGAGGACCGUUCUUCAGGCCAGAUUCUGGUCUCACUCAGGAUAUACUUCCUCCCAGAGAACACUCCAGAGGGAAGAUGCGAGGAACAUGGCGAGCACGAGGUGGUCUCGCUGUCAGAGAAAGUGGUCCUCCGGGCUGAGGACGUUAUCGGCUGGAUGCGGGCGGCCGUGGGCGUCAAGUGGGACACAGGCCUGCUGGGGGUCUACGGCCCGCCCUCACACGACGCUGUUCACCACGCCCACUACACCCCGCCCAUAUCUGGAGCUCUCGAUAUUAACGAGAUUCUCAGAGAGAAAAAGUUAAUAGGUGAUGUUGUGGAGCCAAAUAGUUUACACAUUAUUGUCUUGGCAUUUGACAAGUACUGUCGAAUGCGAGGUCUGCUCAAGAGGUUGGAGGGUGUGGAAGAGGAAUAUAUGCGGAGUAGAAUAGUGGUGGCAUUGGGUGGCUUUGUGGUUCCUUCCAGACGAACACGAAUGCUCUUCUGCAGAGAUGUUUUUGACUAUCCAGAACUUGAAGGUCAUGAUCUACUGUGUAAUCAUCUUUACGUCCCACCAACAGCACCUAAGCUUCAAGGUCGGCCGAGAAAGAGGCGGAAGAAACCGACUGAUUCCGAAUCCGAGUCUUCUGAAACAUCAGAAGAUAUCAGGCCGCGACUCAAAGGCAAGCCAGGCCUCACUGCGAAGCCCAAUGGAUUGAGAGUGUUGGACCGAAAGACCAGUUCUCGGGCACAUUUGUCACAGGUCAAAAACGACUUCUCAACGCCAGCAUUGAAUCGUCUUAUAGAGGUAGACUUUAUGUCUAAGCUGCACAAGUUUAUGAAGGACCGUAAUACACCCAUUACCAGAUUACCACAUAUGGGUUACAAACAGUUGAAUGUGUUUGAAUUGUUUACAAGAGUACAGCAGCUUGGUGGGUAUGAGGCUGUUGGAGAGAAGAAGCUUUGGAAGCAGCUCUAUGAAGAGAUGAGUGGUAACUCUACCUCAUCAAACCCUCCACAAAAUGCCCAAUCCUUUUCCAGUAUGAUGAAACGCCAUUAUGAAAGAUUAUUGUUACCUUAUGAGAAGUUCUUGCUACAAGAACAAAAGAAACUCUUAGGAAUUGGUUCAACAAAGGCGACAAAGGUUAAGUCUGAGCCAGGGGAACCCUCUGUAUCCAUUCUUCAGCAGCAUGUGCCAAGUGACACCAAGCCCUCUCUCAAGUUUGGGGGCACCUGUCCCCAGCUGCUGCCUCCCCACAUUCCUCCUGGUCACCAUGGUGGGGUACAGGAGGCACAUGGGUUACCCAGUGGGCCUCCCUCUGGGUCUUUAGGUGCCUCACCACCCGUGGGUACACCACCCCAAGCCAGCCCUGCACCACCCACCUCUAUCAGUCCUCCGACAACACCUACAGAGCUGGCGGUUCCGAAGGUGAAUACAAAGAAGGAAGGCAACACAAUCCCAGCUGAUUUGGCAAAGAGACCAGAAAUUACAAUCACUCCUAUUCCACGUUCUAUUGGAUCAUUAGGAACACCAGAGCCACCAAUCCCUGGAGUUUUAGAUGGUGGUCUUCCAUCAUUGCCACCUGGACUUAAGGGCCUCCAGUUGGCUGAUCUCAUGAAUCUGGAGGGUGUAAAUCCUACAUUAGGAAUGUCAGUACUCCAGAAUCUUGCAAAAUUUGCUGAAAGAAAUCUACUCUUUGGCAGAUAUGAAAAACCAUUACAUGAACCAGCCACAAAAAGAUUAAAAACCGAAGGAGCAAGAGUUAAUGGCGCUAGUUCAAGAGAAAAAGAUAAUGGCCGACCCUCUGUUAUCCAAGAAACUCCUGUAAGUAAGGCAUCUCUGCCAGCAGUACCUGGACUUGUUUCUGCAGAUGUAUUAAGACAAAUGAACCUUCUAGACCCAAGUGCCAAGUUACUCCUUCCAGCACACCAGAGCAACAAAACAACGAUAAGUGCGCUGGCACAGCUUUUACCCCAGACUAGCAUCUUCCCAGCACCGGCACCUGCAGCACAUCAGCACCAUAUAAUGAAAUCCCCACGGGACCCCAUCAGACCCGAACCUCCAAGGGUCUUCCAAUCACAAUCUGUGUAUUCUCAAUCCAAACACAUGUAUGGUAAACCUACCACGGACGUUAAGGACAUGAGUAAAGACAAUAAGAGUUCUAGUCCAGAAAUAGAAAUUCUGGAUCUUAGUCGUGCAUCAGGAAACAAAAAUGGUAGAUCUUCAAAAUCAGAACGACCAGAAAUAGAGUUGUUAGACUUGUCUACCAGACGUGAUAUAACAGUGUCCUCAGUUUCUAAACCAAGUACUAGUAAGAACUGCAAUAUGAGUAGGAUUCCUCCUCCUCAUGUUAGCAUAAAAUCCUCAGAUAUCUCUAAACUUUCACCCAGUAAACUCCAAGGAGCAGCAAAUGCAGCUUCUGCAGCAGCACUAGCAGCUGCUGCAGCUCAGGGCUUGCCACCAGGUUUAGCUAGCCUUCAAUUAAACCCUGCAGCAUUACUGCCGUACCUGUCGCCCAUGCUUGCUCCAGGAGUUAAACCCAACUCUGGAGCCGGUGGUGCUCCUCUUUCAAUAUUUCCCUACAUGGACCCCACUGCCCUUGCUGCUUACUACAGUAUUUUGCCUCAUAGCUUAAUUCCCACAACCAGUAGUGGUAGCAGUAAUAGUGGGGGAUCAGCCGCAGCUCAACACAUGGCAGCAGCCCAACUACAAUUUGGUUCAUUAGGGCUUUCAAGUUUAUCAGGCCUCUCACCCGAAGCUUUAGCAAGCCUAGGCAUGUACAAGAACUUCCUUCCCCAAGGGAACCUUCCUGCCCCACACUUCCUUUCGGGUCUUAUGUCACCACACAAUCACAACCCGCCCACGAGUAAGUAACAUUAUCAACACACCCAAAAUAAUCACCUCACACAUCACCACCACCAUAAUCAUCAUCAUCAUCAUCAUCAUCAUCAUCAUCAUCAUCAUCAUUAUCAUUAUCACCACCACCACCACCACCAUCAUUAUUAUCACCAUCACCGUCACCAUCUCCUCUUUCAACAUUUACAUACCUGUAAGUUACUUUUUAUUAUUUAUUCUUAUAUCAUAUCUCAUGAGCUAAUUAUUAUAGCAUUUUUUUAUUGUUAUGUAGAGCAUUACUUUAUAUACCUCCAUAAUUCCUCAUUCUCAUCUCAUAAAUCUUUGUUUAUAAUGUCUAUAUUUAUCUUUGCCUUCAUCAUCUUUCCUCUAAAGUCACCUCACAUAAAUAUUAAAUCUUUCAUCUGCAGCAUCCUCAUGCUGUCAUUGUGUACCUUCCUCUCGUAGACAUCAUGCCAUUGCUCACUACAUCACACCACUACCACAGCCCCACCACUCCCGCCGAGUGUGUCAUCCUCAACAAGUAUACUGUACGAGGUCUGCAUUUUGCAUAUCUUGGAGAGAUUUAAGAAACUGAUUUUUCGUGGUGUUCUUGAUUUUAUCUGUUACUCAGAUUUACUUGGUUCUUAAUUUAAUACGCCUGACUGAAUGAAGCAAAUGGCAACUGCAACAGUUAGCAGUCAAAAUGCAGAAUUUGUUAGCGGAACUUUAUUACUCUCCCAAGUCUUGUUAAUUUUCAAGAAACUACAAGUUAACAUUUUGUAUUUUCAGUUUUUAAAAAAUACAGUAAGUACAAAAUAUAUCUUCUAACACUGUUUCAGGAUUGUAAAUGUCUUUAUAAAAAGUGUAUGAUGUUUAAUUUAGUUUUUAUUGCCUUAAAAUUACUAUAUGGAAAAGUAAUUUUUUUUUUUAAGUUGUGCUGAGUACAUGAGAAAGCCAAGGAUAACAUGAAAAGUAUGUUUUAACAAAAAAUGGGGAAGUUUUUAUGCCAUGGGAGGAGGGGCUCUUUUGGUACCUGGUUUAGAAUAAGAUUUUCUUGGGUUCAGUAAGUGCCUAGUUUUGGUUUUCUUCCUUUUUCAAAUUAUAACAGGGAAGUAUUUGUGUGAUGUAAAUAAGUACAGUGAUUGAUUUCUCAAUUCUUUUUUUAAUUUUUUAUCAUAACAUAUAGGUUAGCUAAUCUUUUUGUAAUAAACUUUUAGUAGUCAUAGCCAGAAAGACAAGUGCUUAGCUGUGGUUCAUGAAAAAUUGGGAAGCUGGCUGGUGAAGUGUCAGUUCCUGUAUCAAGUUACGAGUUCGAUUGCGACUACCUCGAGUGUCAAGAUGUACAUUCAAAAACCACUCACGAGGUGAAGGAUUGACAAUGGAACAGAAGAAGAUAGUGAUCAUGAAUGGUGUAUCCAGCCGUAAGUUACACAUUGAUAUACAAUACUGUAGAGGGAAAACAAAACAUUUGUGUGCCACAGAAAUGUGUGAAACUGCAGGAUGUGUCUGUCCAAGAAACACCUCUGGAUAAACUUAUUAGAUCAUUUUUGGUCAUUAUGUGUUCAUUGUUCUAUUUUCAGUAACUUACCUCAAAUAGUGUAAUUCGUUUCUCCAUGAGAAUCUUUAAGUACUUUUUAACUUGUAGAUAUGUGUAUGUUAAAUAAUAAAUGGUCCUUCCAUAAGUGUUAUACUGUAUCUCUUGAUUGACCAAAGAUUUCCUCAAUAGCAUUCAUUCAUUGUACAUACUUGUGCAAAUCUUGAUUUACAUAGUUUGUACAUAAUGGAAGUGAUUGUAUUAACCAAAUAGAAAGGACCAAGUAACGUUAGUAAAAUGAACGAGGUAGCUGGAAGGCGAUGUUGUCUCUGCCAUUACCUGACUUGUUCUUUUUCUCCUGAAGACUUUGGCAAUUCUUACCUGAAGCAUUACCUUUUGUACCAGUGUAAGGAAAAUAUUGAUGUAAUAAACAACUUUUGAGUAAAAA